AGGUAGCUGGAGGUGGCUUUCUGUUCAGUCCCAGGAAGCUGGCCCUGCGUGAGGUCAGCCACACAUUGAAGCCUGGGACUGCCCAGUUUGGAGUGAGGAGGAAGAAUGGCCCCCAGGCCCCGGAGGUGUCGCCGGGAAAUCCCGUGACCGGGCGGGGCUGGUUCCCUGGCCACAGCCCCUCCUCUUAAAGGGGCCCUGGGCCCGGUGGCUGGGUCUGGCCCGAGGGCGGAGCGUGACUGCUUCUGGUGUCCGCCCUCCUUCCCCGCCCUGGGUGGUCCGAGUGGCCAGAGCCGAGCCCCCGCCUGCCUGCCGGGGCUUCCUCUCCGAGUGGCGCCUCCUUGGGCGUCAGCGCCUGACACCCAGCGAGACCGGACUACCUGCUGGUGUGACCAGUGCCUGUCUUCACGAUAGCCCCAACCUCUAAGCUGCGCCCAGUGAGCCACAGGACCCAACUGAGCUGGGAAGCGGCCCACCAGCCACCAGCUGACCUCUGCUGGGUCAGCUUUCUGCCUUGGGAGCUUCUCCCAGGGCCUGCAUCUCUGCGUCUAAAGAUGGUGGCAAGUGCCUGUCCUCUGUAGCCUGCAGUUGGGAUUGGAGGCCAGGCUGGUUGGGUCCUUGACUAUCCCUGGGCUCAGACAGCAAUGACUGGAAUGUUUGCUCUCCUUUCCUAUUAUCUGUGAGGGCCUGUGGGCGUGUCCUCCCAGAUCACCAGGCAGGGCCAGAGUGCUGUCCACAGCAAAGAUCGGAGUGAGGGGCUGGUUUGGGCUUCAGUCCUGGUUGGUUUUCCCUCAGAUCACGUCAUGUGUGUGCUAAUCUGCUGAGGAGGCCUUGGUGGGGGGGGGGGGGUCUGUGCCGGGAUGGGAGGCUCUGACGCCUGGCUGUGGGGGGCUGGUGAGAGAGCUGGAGCAGGUCAGGUUUCCAGCGUCUGACCCCCACCCACCGUGUCUCUCUUGUCUUCCCGCUCCCUCAUUCCUCAGAUGCUAUUUUGUCACCUGAAUGGAAAAUGGGUCAGGUCCUGGUGAGGGAGGGGCCGCCCGAGCUGCAGACAGGCCGACGCUGGGUGCCCGCCUGGAGCACAGGGCUCAGAUUCCAAGCUUGUGCUUCUUGUGCCCACAGGCGUCUGGUCCCUUCUCUGGCAUUAGCUCUUUGCGCUGGAGGGGGCAGGUGGCCCAGCCUGGGGGCAGAGUGGGUGGAGGGCAGGGGCUUGUGUCCGAGGCCUCAGGCCCUCACUGCUUCCCAAGCAGGUGUGACCAGUGCCUGUCUUCACGAUAGCCCCAACCUCUAAGCUGCGCCCAGUGAGCCACAGGACCCAUCUGAGCUGGGAAGCGGCCCACCAGCCACGAGGCGGCCAGCCCAAGGAGUGGUGACAGCGCAGGAGCUCCUGGCUGGGGGGAAGGGAGGAAGGAGGAGAAACAAAGGCGAGUGUGCCUGGCGCCGCCCACCAUGUGUCAGUCAGAGGCUCGGCGAGGACCGGAGCUCCGAGCAGCGAAAUGGUUGCACUUCCCCCAGCUGGCACUGAGGCGGAGGCUGGGACAGUUGAGCUGUAUGUCCAGACCUGCCCUGAAACUGCGCUCCUGGCCCCUGACGGUCCUCUACUACCUCCUGCCCUUCGGUGCCCUCAGACCGCUCAGCCGGGUGGGAUGGAGGCCCGUGAGCAGGGUGGCCCUGUACAAGUCGGUGCCGACGCGCCUGCUGUCGCGGGCCUGGGGCCGCCUCAACCAGGUGGAGCUGCCGCACUGGCUGCGCAGGCCUGUGUACAGCCUGUAUAUCUGGACCUUCGGGGUAAACAUGAAGGAGGCCGCCGUGGAGGACCUGCACCACUACCGCAACCUCAGCGAGUUCUUCCGGCGCAAGCUGAAGCCGCAGGCCCGGCCCGUGUGUGGCCUGCACAGCGUGAUCAGCCCAUCAGAUGGGAAGAUCCUGAACUUUGGGCAGGUGAAGAACUGCGAAGUGGAGCAGGUGAAGGGGGUCACCUACUCGCUGGAGUCGUUCCUGGGUCCACGCAUCUCCACAGAGGACCUGCCCUUCCCGCCAGCUACCCCCUGCGGCUCCUUCAGGAACCAGCUGGUCACUCGAGAAGGCAAUGAGCUCUACCACUGUGUCAUCUACCUGGCCCCCGGCGACUACCACUGCUUCCAUUCUCCCACUGACUGGACCGUUUCCCACCGGCGCCACUUCCCAGGCUCCCUGAUGUCCGUGAACCCCGGCAUGGCCCGCUGGAUCAAAGAGCUCUUUUGCCACAAUGAACGGGUGGUCCUCACUGGGGACUGGAAACACGGCUUCUUCUCGCUGACGGCCGUGGGGGCCACCAAUGUGGGCUCUAUACGCAUCUACUUUGACCGGGACCUGCACACAAAUAGCCCGCGCUACAGCAAGGGUUCCUACAAUGACUUCAGCUUCGUGACGCAUGCCAACAAGGAGGGCAUCCCCAUGCGCAAGGGAGAGCACCUGGGCGAGUUCAACCUGGGCUCUACCAUCGUGCUCAUCUUCGAGGCCCCCAAGGACUUCAACUUUAAGCUGAAAGCUGGACAGAAGAUUCGGUUUGGGGAGGCUCUGGGCUCCCUCUAGAGCCUCUCUCCUGGUGGUGGCUAGCGUGGGUGCUUUUUCAAACAGAAACAGGAGGGUCUUUUAGAGGGGAGCCUCCGCGGCUGGUCAGGGAGGGGUCUCAGGGCUGUGGAGUCUGACCAGGCAGGACCUGGGUGACUAGUUUCUGCUGUCCCUGAGAUGUAGAUGAGGUCAGAGCCCCUGUUGACCCUGGACCUAUGUGGUCCCCUCUUCCCACUCUAAAGAGAAAGAACAUGUAGGCCAAGAUAAUCUCAAAUUCCCUUUUGGAGAUUUUUUUAAUCUGUAUAAACUGGAGAACCUAUGUCUCCUGGCUGGGUGUUCAGUUGGUCUUGAUUUCUGUUGUAAGACAGAACUGGUUAUGUAUCCUCCGCACUGCUUUUUGGCCUCCCCUUCCGCCUUUCCUGCACUGACUGGGCUGUGCUGCCCCCAGAGCAGGGCCAUGUGGCCUUUAACACAACUGCUUUCUGUUCCCAAUUCAUCCCACCCUGCUUGUUUGGGAAAAGCUGUCUCUCUGCACUUGUGGCUGAACGCAUCAUCCUGGACUCCGCCAGCGUCUUCUGAGGGGGUCUAAUGGCAUGGCGCUUUGCAGGUCCCAUUGAGUGACCUUCCGGAGCUGGCAAGUCCUCUUUCCAGUAAGCAAGACCAGUUACUGAAUCCCCUGAACGGUGUCCAAAGUGAAUGGACAGGCAGGCAGGGGUGACCUAUGGGGGCCAGGGGAGAGCUUGUCCCCCACUCAUAUCCAGACCCACAUAAAACAUGGUAAGUUGCUGCUGUUGAUUCAGGGGCUUGUGUUGGAAGCAGAGGAGGAGCCUUGGUGUAUUGGGAGGGGGCGGGUCUGUGCCUACCACACCUGUCCCCAGGUAACAGGUACACAAUCCUUAGGGAGCCACCGACAGUGGGACCAGGGUUCAGGUUUCCUGGGGACGCUGUGAAUUUCUCCUGCAGGAGAAGCCAUUUGAACUCUUUCAACUGUAUCAGUAGCACAGUAUUUUUGUAUGAAAAGUGGGAGACUUCUGAACAGUAAUUCAUUUAAUUGCGACAUUUUGAAAUAAAAAAUAAAACUCA